AUGAAGGCGAUAAGGAUAUCCCUAGGUCUUGUCAGCCUAACAUCUCUUCUCUCCGUGGCUCUGAUGGCCCCGGUUCCUGUGCAGGCUAUGCCGGUCAGCUUGCGUUCGUAUCCCCAUCAUCCUCGCGCAGAUCCCGAUCCUUCCAAUUCAACUCCGUCUCCAACCCCCGCCUCUAAUAAUACAAACUCAACAGUCACUGAAUCAAAGACGCCUAAAAACUCUCAUCCCCGCCAACACCAACAACCAAAGUAUGAUUUUGACAUCCUAAACCCGGAACCUAAUGAUGAAUGGAUUUCAGGUUCAUUACAAAGCUUGAGUUGGGUCGAUCUGAAUCUUCCACCACGUACAACAUUCGAUAUUACUUUCGUCCCCGUCGACCCAGAGACUAACCCAGAGGCGAUCACAGUCACGCGACGGCCUACGCUUCGUUAUGUAUCAGCGCUUAAACGCUUCGUAGAUGUCAUCGUUCCCUAUGAUUUGAUCACAAAGGAACAAUUGGUCCAGGAGCAGGAAGGCGACGGUGAAAAAGUAGAAGAGAUUCCUGAGGAAUUUAUCCAUGGAGUUCAUCAGGGCGACGCCAAUGAUACUGACCUACCUGCAAUCCCAUCUUCAUUACCAACGACGUCAGCACAGCCUUUCAAAGAUAUUCGGUCGCAGGCUCGACUCUAUAUCACCGCUUACGAAGGCCGGUCUAAUAAGAUCCUGGUUCGGAAGAGUGUUUUCCCCAUCAUAAUCCGAAAGGAUCACGCGCGGGAUCUACGCGCUGUCAAGGCUCCUUCACCUGCAUCGGAUUUUCCCAUCCCUCUGAAUGGUGGCAGCGGUGGUGGUGUGGCCGAAUUACAGCAGCUACAACAGAAAGAAGAACCAGAUCUAAAGGACGUAUCGACUGAGAGUCUACUCGAAAAGAAGGACUCAGAUAUCACGCAUCUGGAAGACGAUGUUCAGGAUCAAUCUCAUGGAGAAGAAAGAUCAGAAUCCAAUGAGGAUGAAGUCAUCGCUAGCACUAAUGGCGACAAGGCUGGCUAUGAAGGAACUGAAUCGAUUAGUGAUGAAAGCAGUGAAGAGCCACCAGUUUCUCCCAUUAUUAAUCAACAACAACGUGAGGACGAAAACCAAAGCGUAGAGGACGAUAUAGAAAAGGAGAAUGAAAUCAAUAUGUACACACCUACUGGGAGAGAAUUGGGAGUGAACACUGACGAUACCACUGAGACGGAAGAGGUUAAAAAUGAUCAUGAAAACGAACAUCAACACCAGCAGGAGACCAAAACCCAUAGUCACGAGGAGAAAAGGGACGGCGACGAAGAUGAGGAGAAGCACGAUCAUACUCACUCUAUCGAUCCCAAUUUUUUCCAGAACGACGAGGAUGUUGAACUUUGGAACGAGCAUAUGGACGACCCAGGCUAUAACCCACCCAUUAAGGUCAUUGAUGCGGGCACGAUCAAUAUCACACGGUGGAUCGAAAAUAAGGUCCGGUUUUUUGUUGGAGCACCCUAUGUAUUUGCAUGGGAAUUCCCAGAAUCCGGCAAGGGCUUGACAGGUGUCGUCAAUGUCUAUGUCGAAGAUGCCUUCACAGGCAAGCGAUAUGAUAUUGUGGCGGGUAAUAUGCCAAGUGAUGUGCAGUUCAUGUACUUGCACCCGAGUGCCAUCAUGAUGAGUGCUACUCCUAACAAGAGAAUCUAUCUACGUGCGAGAGUCGAAUUGGAUCUGUUCAAACUUGGCAACAUUCAUCGCUACACAGGUUUCUCCAAAAUGUUUUGGGUUGAGCGAGGAGCACUUUAA